AUGAUUAAAAGUUGUAAAAGGUUUUACUCUGUCGCAAAAAAUAAUCCCAAACAAACGUUAUAUGAAUUACCUCUAAUAAAAGCAUCAGAAUUCCCAGAAUAUAAUUCAUCAGACUAUUUUAAGUUUGAAGUUAUUCAUCAAUCUAAAAAAUCAAAUGCAAGAGUUACUAAAAUUACAACACCUCAUGGAAUUAUAAUGCAACCAAAUUUUGUUCCUGUUGGAACUGUGGGAACAAUUAAAUUUUUAGAUCCAAUAUCCACAAAAGAUACAAAAUCACAAUUGAUGUUUGUAAAUACAUACCAUAUGGUAGUAAAUUCAGAUCCAAAAUUAAUAGAAGAAGCAGGAGGUUUGCAUAAAUUUAUAAAUUAUCAAAAUCCAAUAAUAACAGAUUCAGGUGGAUUUCAAGUAUUUAGUCUUGGGCAUCCAGAAUCAAAAAAUAAUGAAAAUGAAAAUAACAGUGAUAAUGACAAUAAAGUUGAAGUUUUAAAUAAAGAGGAAAAAAGGGAAUUAAAAGGAAUGUCUGGUAAAAAAUAUGAAGGUUCAAUAGCAAGUAUAAAAGAUAGUGGUGUUAAAUUUUUAUCAUAUAAAAACGGUGACACCAUUGAAUUGGGGCCUGUUUCAUCAAUUAAAUAUCAAAAACAAUUAGGUGCUGAUAUUAUCAUCCCCUUUGAUGAAUUACCACCUUAUCAUAUGGACGAAAAAAAGAUUUUACGUUCACUUCAUAGAACUCAUCAUUGGGAAGCAACCUCAUUACUCGAACAUAUUAAGGACCCAAGAAAACAAGCAAUCUAUUCAGUUAUACAUGGUGGUGUUAAUAUUGAAAUGAGAAAACAGUCUAUCGAUUAUCUAACUUCCUUACCAUUUGAUGGUAUUGCUCUUGGUGGUAGUUUAGGUAAAGAUCGUAAUGAAAUGAAAGAACUCUUAAAAACUAUAAUACCAUUCAUCCCAAAAAACAAACCAAAUCAUUUAUUGGGAAUUGGUGAUUUAGAAUCAAUCACUUCAAUAAUUCCAUUAGGAAUUGAUAGUUUUGACUCUUCAUAUCCUACUCGCUCAGCUAGACAUGGUCAAAUAAUUAUUGCAGAUGAACAAUCUUACUUUUUAAUAAAAAAUCAAGAAAAUAGAAUAAAAAUAGAUGAGCCAUUAGAUAAAUCAUGUGAUUGUCAUACUUGCAAAAACUAUUCAAAAGCAUAUAUUCAUCAUCUCUUUAAAUCUCAUGAACAAAUUUAUUUUACCCUUGCGACUCAACACAAUUUAAGAGCCAUGUCAAGGUUAAUGGAAAAUUAUAGAAAUAAAAUAUUACAAAAUGAGGUUUAG